CGAGCAGAGAGGAGGCAGCCUGAGCCCACACAGGAGCUCUCACUCCACAUUGUACAUCAAUUACUACGAUUUUGUUCAUCAACCCAACAAUGAUGCAUUUCAUUCAGUACACACUGGCGGUUUCAUACAUCUUUGUGCAGCUGGCAGCAGCCGUUGGACCUGGAGAAUCUCCGAUUCCCAUCACCUGCACAAUGACGGCUCUGGAUCUCAAACAAGAGUUGGUUCAGGUCCUUUGUCCCCCUGGAUGUGCUGAGCAAAAACUCUCAGUCUAUGGAGAUGUGGUUUACGCAGCCGUUUCCAGUAUUUGUGGCGCAGCCCUGCACAGGGGUGUGCUCCCCAAAAACGGAGGAAUGAUAAACGUCCAUAGACUGGCGGGACAACAAGAUUACCCAGCAUCCUAUGCAAAUGAAAUGCAGUCAAAGAGCCUCAGUAUGUGGACGUCAUCCUUCUCUGUCUCCAAAGCCGUAAGUCGAGGGCUGGAGGUUUCAGGAAAACCAGUGGCCACUCAGGUCGCUCCAACCAAACGGCCGAAGAAGACUCCACAGAAGUCAACAGGCAACAAAGACUGUAAAGCAGAAAUUGCCUUCGUUAUUGACGGCAGCAACAACAUUGGGCAGCGUCGCUUUAACCUGCAGAAGAAUUUUGUGGCCAGGGUGUCCAUGUUGCUGGGCAUUGGCACAGAAGGCCCCCAUGUGGGUGUAGUUCAGGCAAGUGAAGAGCCCAAGUCUCAGUUCCUUCUGAAUAACUUUACAGCCCCCCGGGACGUUCAGUUUGCGGUGAAGGAGAUCAGCUUUAGAGGGGGCAACUCCAAUACAGGCAAAGCUAUAAAACACACAGCCCAGAGCUUUUUCACUGCUGCUAAUGGGGUCCGAAAGGGCAUUCCAAAGGUCAUGGUGGUGUUUAUAGACGGGUGGCCCGCUGAUAACAUUGAGGAGGCAGCAAUUGUGGCCCGAGAGUUUGGCAUCAACGUCUUCAUUGUGUCCGUGGCACCUCCAGCGGCAGAAGAACUUGGAAUGGUGCAGGACACCGAUUUUAUAAACAAGGCAGUUUGCAAAAGCAACGGCUACUUCUCCUACCACAUUCCAGGCUGGUUUGGCACGGCCAAGCAUGCAAAACCGCUGAUGCAGAAGUUGUGCUCCCACGAGCAUCUCGUUUGCAGCAAGACUUGCUACAACUCCGUCAACAUUGGCUUCCUCAUCGAUGGCUCCAGCAGUGUCGGGGACCUGAACUUCCGCAUGAUGUUAGAUUUCAUGGCUGAUGUAGUGCGAGCAUUUGAAGUCUCAGAUAUUGGUACAAAAGUAGGGGCUGUCCAAUUCACCUAUGACCAACGCCUCGAAUUUGGUCUCCAUGACUACUCCAAUAAAGACGACGUGCUGAGCGCUCUCCGAGGUAUUCCCUACAUGAGUGGUGGUACUGCCACUGGGGAUGCCAUCAACUUUGCUGUGCGUAAUCUCUUUCCGUCAACUAAGGGUGGGAAUAACAAGAACUUCUUGAUCAUCGUCACUGAUGGACAGUCGUACGAUGACGUAAGGGGCCCGGCCAGCUCAGCGCACAAAUCAGGUAUCACGGUUUUCUCCGUGGGUGUAGCGUGGGCACCGAUGGAAGACUUGAAGGACAUGGCAUCUACCCCGAAAGACUCCCACACCUUCUUCACCAGGGAGUUUCCUGGGCUGGAACAAAUCACUCCAGACUUGAUCCGUGGAAUCUGCAGAGACUACCUGGACUCACCUAAAUGAGGAACCCAGCAAGACCCCCGUGAGAGGAAUGGGAGAAAAGGAGCUCAGAGACCUCUCAUUGCUGGUUAUCAUGAUACACCCAGUGUCUAUACCCAUCAGCUACAGGGACACUAGGGCUACACUUACAAUCGCCUAUUUCAACCAAGAUUAUGUUAAAUAUUAUCAUUUCCAAUAUCUGUUGGGUGGUUUGUCAUUAGGACUCUCCUAUUUGAUUUAGGCCAAUCACAGCAGGUCUACUAGAAAUGUGACCAACUAGUUACCAGCACCAACAUCACUGGCCUUUCUCCAUCCAAAUGGGCACAGCAUAUUAUAUAUAUAUCUAUAUUUUUAUAAAAUCUAUAAAACUUGGUGGCAUGUGAAAUAUAGUUUUUUUCU